AUGCCCACCAGCACUUCAUCCCCAGUCAAGCGCCCCGGCCUCGGCCGCCGCGCCGUUUCCUCGCAUGCGGUUGUCACGCGGACCAACUCCAAUAGUGAGCUGUCCGAGUCGCAGACCUCCAAGGCCCCCAUUCAUCAUAAACGCACCCAUGUCGUCGGCGGUGGUCGCAACCAUCACCGUAACCCCUCAAUCGGCAAGAACAUAAAUAAGUUGCAACGAUUCCAGCUGGCCCCCGAAACUACCGGUCGUCAUCAUCAGCGGAAGAAAUCCGCCCCCGCAACCCCUAUCGCUAGCCCCAAGGAGCGCAGUCACGUUCGCUGGGACGGGGUUGUGGACGAUCAUCCCAAGAACCAUUCCAUGAAAAGAAAUAAUUCCACUCCGAUCCUUCGACGAAAUAACUCAGUUCUCGGGAAGAAGGCUUUGGUAACAGAUCGGCCUCUGUCGAGCGCUGGCAAGAAGAAGACGGUCGGGUUUGAGCUGGGCGACGAUGAUAAUGACGACGCCGAAUGGGAGGACACUACGCAAUCACCUGAAAGCACCAGACGCAAUUCGGUUGUCCCAUCCAACCAUAGUGCUGAGACUGGCCAAGUCUUGGUCGAUCCCCUUACCUUUGUGAAGCGCCCAUAUCCACAGAUGACUCGCGCAACGAGUCUUCCGGAUUCAAUAACCAACCGAUACCUACGAGAGCAGGCCGACGAAGAGGAGGAGCGCCAGCAAGAGCGGGAGGAUAACGACGAGGCCGAAGAAGAACCCCAUUUGACUGAGCAAGGUGAUAUCGCCAGCCGCCUUCUUAGCCCCUCACACUCCGCGAGAGCUCCACCCGCGAUGUCUUCUAUCUCUGCGAUGGCCAAGCCGUCGGACUCGGCAUCGCGAAAUGCUUCUUCUCUCAAUCUUGCUGCUGAGGGCGCCCGUCGCACAUUCUCCUCGUCUACUAUUGGACUGGGUAGCAUGCCAAACCAAGCCACGGCUACUUCCUCUUCGAUGGAGGGUGGCGUCUCUCGAUUCAUUCCAAGUAACAAAUCUGGUUUCCAUGCAUCAUCCCGAACCGACUCAGACCCCAAUACCCCAUCUUCAUUCCUUCCCCACUACCAUCCGCAAACACCACCUUCCCCCAACCGGGGAUCAGGGAAGUCGACUGCUUCCCCAGCGCCCAACCGGGGUGCCGAUCUGUCGCGGACGCAACAGAAACUCUGGCUUCAACGCACCGCUACGUUGAAUAAUUCACCACCCGACUCACAUACCGUAGCUACGGCGAGACCUCCGUCAACAGUUGAUCCCAAUUUUAUGGCAGCAGGCCACACUCGUCCUGGCGGUGCACCAUAUGAUUCUAGCAGGGCUUUGAACCGCGCUAGUCGUGCUGGGGGCCCGGGACAGGACACUGAAGCACGCCACAUUCGAAAAGCAUAUGAAAAGUCCUCCCUCGAAUUGACAGUAGUCAGAAGAUUUCAGUCACCGACUGGCGAUAGCUUCAACCGACUUCGUGCGGUGGCCCGGGCGUCCCAAGCACUCGCCAGCGCGGAUCCUGAAUCAGGUCUAGGCAAAGCAAUAAAAUCCGCCCCGUCAUUGCCCCUUCUGCAACACGGAAGACAUCCUAGCCGGCUCUCGUCAAGCUCCGAAUCAAAAUCUCAGAUGCCCAAUCCCCAUUCCUCGACAUCUGAAGAUCAGACGAGCCAAGGCGAAUCAACUGACGCCCUACAGGGGGCCAAAUCCAAACACCCCUCACAGCGGAUCUUGUCUAGUUCUGAAGAUGCCUCACAUAAUCCCCCUGCUGACCAUGACGAAGACUACCCGUCUAUCAAUAACAUUGACAUGAUGAUUCGUCGCAUGUGGGAAAGCCGAGAGGUAGCCACCUCGGGUUAA